AGCCCUCUGCACUCUGAGGAUAAACUUUGUAGAAAUGUAAACGAGGCAGCCAUCUAGUCAUUUCAACCGGCGCACUUUUCACACACUCACUGAGAGGACAACUGGCCAGGUAACUGCAGCAUCAUGUUCGAAGCUCUUUUCCAGUCCACCACCGCAUUCUCCCUGCUGGCGGCCAUUGUGGGCCUGCUGGUGCUGCUAAUUCUUUCCUACGGCCUCAGAUCCCAAGAUGGGAGAAGGGAGCCUCCAGGACCAAAACCUCUGCCCCUGCUGGGCAACCUGCUUCAGGUGGAUCUCAAGAGAAUCGACAGCUCGCUCUUUCAGCUGUCCAAAACUUAUGGACCAGUGUCCACAGUCUACUUUGGACCAAAGAAGGUGGUGGUGCUGGCAGGACACAGGACAGUCAAACAGGCUCUGGUCAACCAUGCUGAAGAGUUUGGAGACAGGGAGGUUACUCCCAUAUUCUAUGAUCUCAACCAAGGACAUGGCAUAUUAUUUACCAAUGGCGACACGUGGAAAGAAAUGAGGCGUUUUGCUGUCACCAUGCUGAGAGAGUUCGGGAUGGGCAAAAGGCUUAGCGAAGGGAGAAUCAUCGAGGAAUGUCACUACCUGAUUGAAGUAUUUGAACAAUAUGAAGCUCUUUGUCUCUCAGGUAAAGCCUUCAACAACAGCCAAGCAAUUAGUAACGCAGCAUCAAACAUUAUAUCAGCCAUCGUUUUUGGCAAAAGGUUUGAAUACGAGGACCCUGUCUUCCAAGCCAUGGUGAAGAGAGCCCACGAGACCAUUCAUCUGACGGGAUCAGCUUCCAUCCUGGUAUACAACUUGUUUCCUUGGCUGGGCGCUUUUAUUAAGAACAGGAGAUGUAUGAUGAAGAAUUUGGAGAAAAGCAUGGAGGAAAUAAAAAGCAUCACAGUAGCUCUAAAAGAAACGCUGAACCUUGAGAUGUACAGAGGCUUUGUUGACGCUUUCCUGAUCCGUAUGCAAAAUCUGGAGGGGUCUAAAAUCAGGGAUUCACUCUAUCACAAUGACAACCUGCUCCACAGCGUGAUGAAUCUGUUUGCAGCUGGAACUGACACCACAGGAAAUACGCUCCAGUGGUGUCUGCUGCUCAUGGCCAAGUAUCCUCAUUUUCAAGACCAGGUCCAGGAGGAGCUGAGCAGGGUGGUGGGAAGCCGUCAGAUCCGAGUAGAGGACAGGAAGAACAUGCCCUUCACUGACGCUGUGAUCCACGAGUCACAAAGGCUGGCCAACAUCGUCCCCUUGGCUAUUCCUCACAAAACCAGCAGAGACGUCACCUUCCAGGGCUAUUUUAUCAAAGGGGGGACGACUGUGUUUCCUCUCCUGACUUCCGUCCUGUAUGAUGAGAGCGAGUGGGAGAGCCCGCACACCUUCAACCCUUCACACUUCCUGGAUGAGGAUGGCAAAUUCAUCAGGAGAAACGCCUUCAUGCCCUUUUCUGCAGGUCGCAGGGUGUGUCUCGGAGAAGGUCUGGCCCGGAUGGAGCUCUUCAUCUUCUUCACCUCUCUCCUCCAGCGCUUUCGUUUCACUCCUCCACCUGGAGUCACAGUGGAUGACCUGGAUCUCACACCAGUCGUGGGAAACAACCUCAACCCUCCACCUCAUGAACUGUGUGCAGUCCGUCGCCACUGACCGAAAGGCUGGAGACAGCUGAUUGCUCUCACGCCGGUGGUACGUGGGAAGGUCGUGUAGAUCUUUUGCCAGUAAGCUGCGACUGUAAAUCAAAGGCCCACUGAAGAUAUCAAGCAUGAGCAAAAUGUAGGAUCCCAAAGGGGACACUGUAUGUUAGAGAUCUCAUUAAAAAAAUUGUGUCUUGCUGAUGAUAAAAAUUUGGAAGAGUUUUGUAUAGCCUCAAACUCUACAAAAGCUCUUCCUCUCAAUCAUAACCAAAUAAAAGUAUACGUUAUUGUCUGUAUCUACAGAGACCCUGCCUCUGCCUGGAUUUUCUUUGUGCUGCGCUGUGUUUUCAAGAAGUUUUCUUUGGUGUAUAAACUUUUGGGGCAGCGGCGACUGACUCCCAGCCAAUAGCAGUGUGAGGUCUGGAUCGUAGUGACCAGGUUACAUCGCCGUCUCUGUCUCUUAUCAUGUGCAGAUUUGUUUCUCUGUGCGGAAAAAAUAAAAAAUAAAAAAUUUCCUAAAACA